AUGCCGAUUAAACACCUGUCAACUUUUACGUGUCACCCAAAUCGGAUAAUAUCGACGGCGUUGCAGGUGAUAGAGUACAACGACAUCGGAACACUUAAAGAGCAAGUGAAAGACAUCAAGACGCCGAAGUUCAGCAUCAAGGCCAAGCGGCCCCUAAAGGCGGACCUGGAGAGGAUCAUCCACCUGGAGGUGCGCGCCGCCGACGGCUCCGGGCCGGGCCCGCUGGCGGCGGCGGCGGCGCGCCGCGGCCGCCCGCCCGCGGCCCGCGCCGGCAGUAGCUACGAGUGCCGCCGCUGCGACAUACAGUUCCAGGACUCCCGGGAGAUGGUGAAGCACCUGCAGCAGCACGUCAGCAAGCCCUGGUGCAAGCGCUGUCGCACCGAGUUCCCCGACCGGGCGGCGCUGCUGGAACAUCGGCGUGCCUGCCGCCUGCAACAUCGCUCCGGCGUGUGUACCAUCUGCGACCGCGAGGUGCAGUUCCACCGGCACCACAUGAAGCGGCACAGCGAGAUGGUGGCUGAAGGACUGCUGGAAGAGGGCUGCUGGAGCUGA